CCCGCCCGGUCGCACAUCCGCUCGGCACGGAAACGUACUCGUUGAUUGACGACAAGGAAAAUCACUUGCGUGGAGCAACGGUCGGCAUCCCGCUGCAUGCAUCCUUGAACGUCACUUCUACCCGCUCGGCCACCUUUGCCAACAACGGGACGACGGUGGUGAUCAAGGACGCGACAGAGGCGAAUGCUGGAAUUUAUUCUUGCCAGGCGAAAAAUGAAUUCAGGGCGGGCAGCGUGGUCGUCAGUUCAUUGCUGAUCGUCGAAAAGCAAGUCAAAGUGAAAG